AUGACGGAACAAGACGAAACAUACUUCUGGCGGACCGUCAAAGUCCACCACCCGGCCCCGGAACCCCUCCGCCAACUGCCCGCCGUCCCCUCCGUCCGCUUCCCCCAAGUCCAAGCCCAUUUCCCGCCCGAGACGAGCACCCAACGCCGCGUCCGCGAAGAACGCCAACGGACUGUCAAGAAAGCGUUUCAAAAAGCCUGGACAUCGUACCGGAAACACGCCUGGCUCUCAGACGAACUGACCCCCGUCUCAGGCGGCCGCCGGAAUACGUUCGGAGGCUGGGCCGCGACCCUCGUAGACUCCCUCGACACCCUUUGGAUAAUGGACAUGAAGUCCGACUUUAAUGAAGCCGUCACCGCCGCUGAGACUAUCGACUUCACGCACACCGACCUCGACGACAUCAACGUCUUUGAAACAACCAUCCGCUACCUAGGCGGCUUCCUCUCGGCCUUUGACCUCUCAGGCGACGUCCGCCUCCUCCGGAAAGCAGCCGAGGUCGGCGAGAUGCUCUACAAAGCCUUUGACACGCCCAACCGCAUGCCCAUCACCCGCUGGAAAGUCGGCGAUGCAGCCCGCGGUGACGCACAGAACGUCGGGAACGGUGCCCUGGUAGCGGAGAUCGGCAGCCUCUCUAUGGAAUUCACGCGUCUCUCAAUACUAACCGGUGAUCCAAAGUACUGGGACGCAACACAACGCAUCAUGGAAAUCUUCGAACGGCAGCAGAACAAAACCAACAUCCCAGGCCUCUGGCCGCUCGUCGUAAACCCAAAAGACGAGGUCUUCAACCAAGGCGACGACUUCACCCUCGGCGCAAUGGCCGACUCCCUCUACGAAUAUCUCCCCAAGAUGUCCGCCCUCGUAGGCGGACGCAGCGGGAUGUACAAGUCCAUGUACGAAGCCGCCGUCAAACCCGCCAUCGAACAUAACCUCUUCCGGCCCAUGACGCCCACCAACGAAGACAUCCUCAUCGCGGGGCAGGUACACUCCCGCGAGACGAACGGCCUGCGCACCAUUGAACAGGAGCCCCAGGGCCAGCACCUCGUCUGCUUCAUGGGCGGGCUUCUCGCGCUGGGCGGGAAACUCUUCAACCACCCCGACGAAGUAUCCGUAGCGAGGAAGCUCGUCGACGGGUGCGUGUACGCCUACAAAUCCUUCCCACACGGCAUCAUGCCAGAGACGUUUUACAUGGUCCCCUGCCCCUCCAAAGCCAAAUGCACCUGGGACGAAGCCCUCUACAAAAAACACGUCCUCGAGCGCGCAGAAAGGAAGGAGGACGACGACGAGGUCCUCACAGCAGACGAAAUCAUCAAAAAGGACCGCCUCGUCCCAGGAUUCUCUGCCGUCCCGGAUCGUCGCUAUAUUCUUCGCCCCGAGGCGAUAGAGAGCGUGUUUAUCAUGUACCGCACCACCGGCGACGCGAGCUUGCUAGACUCCGCGUGGGACAUGUUUUCGUCCAUUGACAACGCCACGAGCACGGAGCUGGCGAAUACGGCGGUGUGGGAUGUUACUGCUGAGGGGCGGCCUCCGCAGUCGGAUUCGAUGGAGUCGUUUUGGAUGGGGGAGACGUUGAAGUAUUUCUAUCUCAUCUUUAGCGAGCCUAGGUUGGUGAGUUUGGAUGAGUUUGUGUUCAAUACUGAGGCGCACCCUUGUAGACGGUGGAAAUAA